GAACUGUUACAUAAAAGACGAACUGUUACAUAAAGAUACAAUGGCGAUGAACCAGUUUAACUACGUUAUCAUCACAAUCAUAUUUGCUGUGAGUGUCGUUGCAGCGAGCAAAGAGUCUGGACAAGAGAAGAGAUUACAAAUUCCUGACGGUGCAAGAUACAGACCGUUGUCCAUUUGUAGACCUUACGUACCGUUCCUUUCGACGUUACAGUGCUGUGAACAUGGAUUCACUCAUGUCGAUUUAACAAACAAUGCUCCUUCUAAUGGAAUCAAUACCGCAGCAGGUGUUCAAAUCCUUCAACAGCCAACAUCACAAACAGGCAAAAUUGGUGAUUGUAAAAAAAGAGCACUUCUUAAGAUAAACUUUGAGACGUUUACAAAGGAACCAUGUGACUACUGCUUAAGAAGACCAUUAUGUGGUAGACGUAUGUUGAAAAUAGAUCUGACACUUAGUUCUGGUACACGAUCAGGUUGGGGGUUUAAUAUAGGAGACAGCAGAACAAACGAUGGGUACAGGGGUGAUUACAACACACAGAUAAAUGAUGCAGAGGCUGAAGGCGUUUUUUCUGCAGUUCGACUUUAUCACAACGAUAAAUGCAAUUCGGUAGGUGCAUUCAAAACUUUUCAGAACGCUAUGGGACAAAAUGUCAAUCACAUGACCAUUUAUGUCAGCAACCAAUACAUUCGAAUCAUGAACGACCAAGGAUUUGAUGAAUAUGUAUGUGACAACUGCCUGUAUGCUCUGAAUGGUCAAGCAGACAGACAAGGAAUCAAUGAGGACAUAUACAUUGGAUUGAAUCGUGUGAUUACAGGUCGAUCUGACAGAGACGGACAAGGUGUUUGUUCGGCGACGCUGACAUGGAUUUGUCCUCGAUGGUAGAUGGCGGAUUAUAUACAUAAAGUUUGAUACAGAGAAAUCAUUUGAAAGGACGUGCUUAAACUUUACUUACUAAUGUAACAUUUACUUACUUGAUACAGUUCUAACACUUUUCAUCUAGACGCAUUUUACUGCAUUUUGCUCAGUUUCUUAUUUCUUGUUACUUGUAGUAUUUACAAUUGUAAGAGUAAGAUAAGAAAUGAAAUUACAUUAUCUUGAUGCAGAAAUUCUUGAACUCUUUUAUUGCCGAAGAUUUACUUACAAAAGAAUGACAAUACCGGGGAUUGAAAUAAUUCUUAAGGUUUAAUUAAUAUUAGAAGAGAACUUGUUUCCACAAUUUCUUUUGUAAUAUCAUUUCCAUAAAAACAUUAAUUACAUUCGCAUUAUACGAGUACAGUUAUGUUUGUUUUCUAACCACGCAUUACCAUAAUAAAUAUUU